AUGGGAAACCUACCCCCUUUGGCGAGAGCGCCACAAGCGCGUGCGCUCCACGCCUUACUGCAGAGCAGGCGAGUUAAGGUCUCUGAAAAGGAACUCCAAACUCAUUGGGAAUAUCUAUUACAGUCCAAUCCAUGGUUAAUCGAGGCCCCCAUUUGGUACCUCUCCACUUGGGAGAAGGUCUUGAAAAGGAUUCGAUCUGCUGAGGUCCACGAGGAAAAAUCGUUACCCCCUUCUCUGACACCGGCCAUCUUAGCUAUCCUGGCUAGCCUGUCCGGCGCUCCGCCCGAAAAGCCACUCCCAGUACCCACAGCCUUUUCAGCCACAGUGAAGGACGAGCCUCCCCCUAAGCUUCCCUUGCCACCUUACAAUCCCCCGGUCACUACCACCACUCCCUCGGCACCUGAGGGUCCCCCAGAGGCCGACCCUUGGGAAGUAUCUACCACCAACAGAGCUCAGAAGGAAGUGGAACAAAACGAAACUAAAACGGGGGAAGCCGCUACCUCGGCCGAAACAGCGCAGGGCAGGAAGCCAAGCGCAGGUCCCCCGCAGCAGACUGCUCCGGCCUCCCUUGUUGGGGACACGAACGAUAAUCCCUGGACAGGGCUAUACCAAUCCCAAUGCCAGCAGAGGGACAUGGCACGGUUCUCUUUGGGCUUAGAAACUCAGGCUUUCCCGGUCAACACUAAUCCUACUGCCCUACAACCUCAGGCGUGGAUACCGCCUAACCAAAAGGAGCUACUGGCCAUUAGAAAGGCAGUACAGGAGGAUGGGUUAUCAGCCCCGUACACCCAACAGCUACUUGAAAAUUUUAGUAUAAAUCUUAACUGCCCUCAUAAUUGGAAAUGCCUCUCUCACACCAUACUAGCCCCAGGCGACAUGAUUCAGUGGAAGGCUUUGUUUUAUGAACAGUGCAAGCAACAGGCGGAAAGCAAUCGAGCCGCGGUAGCAGGAAAAGCCCAUAAUCCGCACGAUGAGGCAGAUGCACUACAGGGAGAAGGAGUUUUCUCUUCCCCUGCUGUCCAGGCCCAGGGGCACGCUAGAUAUUUUGAUCAAGUCCGCCUCUGUGCUAUGCGCGCUUUCGCCCAAAUAAAUCCGAGGGGUAAGCCUACGCGACUGUCCAAGCUCUUACAGGGUUCCAAUGAAGGGUUUUCAGAAUUUUUACAUAGAGUCAGGGAAGCUGUGGACCGUAAGGUUACUCACGCCCAGGCAGCGGAAGCCCUUACCAGGGAGCUCCUCUGGGAGGGGGCUAAUACUGAGUGCCGCCAGGCAAUCGCUCCAGUUAAAGCAGGCAGUAUAGAUGACUGGGUGCUUACCUGUCGAGAUGUAGGCAGUAAGUCGGCCGCAACCCUUGCGGCAGCGCUGGCCGCUCAUAUCAAUCUAGGAGGCCAAUCGGGAGGACAGAAAGGAGCAUGCUAUGAGUGUAAAGGGAUCGGCCAUUUUGCGAAGGAUUGCCCUAACAGGAAGAGAAAACUGGGAGGGGAAGGGAAAAAACCCCCCUCCGUUUGCCCCCGCUGUAGAAAGGGACUACACUGGUGCAGGGACUGCAGAACCAAUAAGGAUAAAGAUGGCAAUCCACUGCCCCCUUUAAACGAGAAGAGGGGCAGCUCUCAGCCCCACCAGUAA